UCCCGGCUAAUUUUUUUUCUCUUUCUUUCUUUCUUUCUUUCUUUUUUUUUUAGUAGAUACGGGGUUUCACCGUGUUGGCCAGGAUGGUCUCGAUCUCCUGACCUCGUGAUCCGCCUGCCUCGGCCUCCCAAAGUGCUGGGAUUACAGGCGUGAGCCACCGCGCCCGGCGGUAAAUUCUUUUUAAAAAGCGUUUAUUCCGAUUGAUUUCCUGGCAUCCCGUGGGGCGGACAACGGGCUGAGGCCUCCAGUAAACCUUCUGCGCGAUGGAGCUGCGGGGGCUCAGCUGCGCUGUUUUUGGGUAAUAUGUUUAAUUCAGGAAUUGCGAAAAGCCUUGCAGCAGCUACAAGAAGAAUUGCAGAAUAAGAGCCAACAGCUUCGUGCCUGGGAGGCUGAAAAAUACAAUGAGAUUCAAACCCAGGAACAAAACGUCCAGCACCUAAACCAUAGUCUGAGUCACAAGGAGCAGUUGCUUCAGGAAUUUCGGGAGCUCCUACGGUAUCGAGAUAACUCAGACAAAACCCUUGAAGCAAAUGAAACGUUGCUUGAGAAACUUCGCCAGCGAAUACAUGAUAAAGCUGUUGCUCUGGAGAGCACUCCCAGGAGAUGGAAAGCCUGAGGGAGGCUCUGCUGUCCUCUCGAUCCCACCUUCAAGAGCUGGAAGAGGAGCUGGAGCACCAGAAGGUGGAAAGGCAGCAGCUUUUGGAAGACUUGAGGGAGAAGCAGUAAGAGGUCUUGCGUUUAAGGGAGGAACGUCUUUCCCUCCAGGAAAACGACUCCAGACUGCAGCACAAGCUGGUUCUCCUGCAGCAACAGUGUGAAGAGAAACAGCAGCUCUUUGAGUCCCUCCAGUCAGAGUUACAAAUCUAUGAGGCACUUUAUGGCAAUUCCAAGAAGGGGCUGAAAGCUUACAGCUUGGAUGUCUGUCACCAAAUCCCUUUGAGCAGUGACUUGAGCCACCUGGUGGCAGAGGUAUGAGCUCUGAGAGGGCAGCUGGAGAAGAGCAUUCAGGGGAACAAUUGUCUGUGACUGCAGCUGCAACAGCAGCUGGAUAGCCUGCUGGCAAAGCCAGCCUCAGCCCCUCCUCUGUUAACCAGAACUUCCCAGCCAGCGCUGACCCUGGAAACAAGCAGCUGCUCCUCCAAGAUUCAGCUGUGUCCCCUCCAGUCCGGGAUGUUGGUAUGAAUUCCCCAGCUCUGGUCCUCCCCAGCUCUGCUUCCUCUACUCCUGGCUCAGAAAAGGCCAUAAUCAACAGAACACAUGGCUUGGGUUUGGAUACUUCUCCAGUAAUGAAGACCCCUCCCAAGCUGGAGGGUGAUGCUACUGAUGGCUCCUUUGCCAAUAAGCAUGGCCGCCAUGUCAUUGGCCACAUUGAUGACUACAGUGCCCUAAGACAGCAGAUUGCGGAGGGCAAGCUGCUGGUCAAAAAGAUAGUGUCUCUUGUGAGAUCAGCGUGCAGCUUCCCUGGCCUUGAAGCCCAAGGCACAGGGGUGCUAGGCAGCAAAGGCAUUCAUGAGCUUCGGAGCAGCACCAGUGCCCUGCACCAUGCCCUAGAGGAGUCGGCUUCCCUCCUCACCAUGUUCUGGAGAGUGGCCCUGCCAAGCACCCACAUCCCUGUGCUGCCUGGCAAAGUGGGAGAAUCAACAGAAACGGAACUUCUGGAACUGAGAACCAAAGUAUCCAAACAGGAGCGGCUCCUUCAGAGCACAGCUGAGCGUCUGAAGACCGCCAACCAACAGAAGGAGAGCAUGGAGCAGUUCAUCGUCAGCCAGCUAACCAGAACACAUGAUGUUUUAAAGAAGGCAAGGACUAACUUAGAGAGCAGCACUUACAGGAUUGCCUGUGUAAAGCCUUAUUCCUGUCCCAGAAAAGGUAAAAUCCCUAAGGGCUCUGCUGUGUACUCCAGCCUUGUGACCCUUGCUUUCCAGGAACCAUGCAAGAAGUGCAGCCACCAGAAGUCCUUAUAUAGGAUUUCCUUUUUAUCACUGGUUUUGAUGGAUUUGAUUAAGGCAUUCCUUGGUGAAGUUUUCUUCAUGUUUCUUGUUCUUAGAAUAAUCAUAUUUCUGUAAUAUUUGAAGUUUAUGGUUUCCAUGGAGCUUCUAAAUCUUUCAUCCAGUAUGUUUUAAAUAUCUUUGUCUCUCUUCUCCUCUACACGCCCUUCAGGGAUUCCAUUUAGCCCUAUACUGGGGGGUUUAAAGUUUUGAUGCUGAUGGUCUUUUUAUGUUUUCAAGUCAUUUGUUACUGUGUGUUUCAUUUAUGUUAGUUUCAACUUCUAUUCCUUCUAGUUCAAUAAUCUUCUCUUCUGCAAUGUUUAAUCCACUGCCUUCUUCCAUUUCAGACUGUAAAUCAUACUUUUUAUUUACAGAAUUUGAUAUUUAAAAAAUCUUCAACCUCCCCAUUUAAUUAAAAUACAAUUAUACUAACUGCUCUAAUGUCCUUUUCUUCUAUUUCCAACAUGUCUGUCAAUUUCAACUAGAUUAUUAGAUUCUUCAUUAUGUGUCAUGUUUUCCUGCUUCUUUGGCUG